AUGAAAGCCGCGGAAAAGUACGACCUUCUAGUUCUCCUCCUACCAGGCUGGAAUCCUGCACAUAACUCCGAAGUGCAGUCCAAGGAUGAGAUGGAGGGCUUACCCAUGGGUUUUCAUUGGGGUCCGAGGACGGAGAACAAACUGAACUGGAGUGCACUUCACUGCGUGCCUUACUUGGUCACGUACCGUGACCUAUCACCCAGGGCCAUCCUCGUAUUCAUCUCCAGCCCCUGGCCAGGCAAGGCUCGAGAGGGAAAUUUGGACCAGAAGGGAAGGAGAGGGGACCCUCAGGCGGGCUGUCCAGUUCGAGACGUUUUUUGUCUUUAUUAG